AUGACUAAUACUAAUGUGUCUGCUAAUAAGCCUACUGCAACAAUCGUCCAUGAAUCUCCUAGCCCCCUCCGUGUAUGGUGGAUGAAGACGAACGUACGAUAUGACAUUGCGAUGAACAGCUCCAUUAUAAUCCUCAACAUUGCAGCAAUCUUGUAUAUGAAAUUCACCAAGAUUCCAUUUAACGAAGUUGCUGAAUCUUGGAUUGCCUACGUCAUGGGACGCAUCUGUAACAAUAUUGGCUUUGUUAUUUUCCUUCAUCUCCUCUAUUGUAUCUCUACCCGCUUGGCUCUAUUCGUCGUUCUACACUUUUGUCUACCUUAUUGGCUAUGGUACAUAGCUACCAGUACCAUCACUGGGCUGCUUCUAUGCGAACUACGAGACUGGUGGAAGUUUGUGAAUCAACCACAAUCAGUUGCUGUUGAUCAAAAGAAUCGUACUUGA